UCUAUGGUUACAGAUGGUUAUGUUAAUUGUACGAAAAUUAAAUUUAACCGAUAUUUUUAUUAUUUAAAAUGUAAGGAAAACUAAAUUGUGUUAAUUAAAAAAAUUUAAAUCUAAAAAUAUUGAAAUUAAUUCCAAUUUUACUAGAAACUUUUUUGAAAGUUAAAAUAGUCAAUACAAUUAUGUACAUUCUAAAAUAAUGGAACAUGAUAGUCCAAGAGCCCAAAAACAUUGCAAGCUGUCUCCACUUUUAGAAUUUCCAAUCAUUUUUACAGAAGAUAAUGAAAUAUACAAGAUAAAAGCCACAUUUAAUGGUUUCUCUGUAAAAAUAGACGAAACUGAAGAUAACAAAAAAGUAGUUGGUAUGGGAUAUUUUGGCAAAGGGAAUUUUUCAAGAAGUUAUCCACAAUUCAACAAUAAUGGUCGGAAUAGUAUUCUAAGGCAGCGUCAGUAUCAAAUACGACAGUAUUGGGGACAAGCUAACCACAGUAAAGAAACAGAUGUAUUUGUCGUUCCAGAUUCAGAUGGAGAAUAUGAAGAAUAUUUUAAUGAACUUGAACCUAAGUAUAUGAAAGAUACAUCUGGAUUAGAAGAAGUAGUUUUUUUAGGGUUAGAAGAAUCAUUUUUUCUUUCACACUGUGUGGAAGUGCUAGAAAUUUCCCAUAAGUCUUGUGUUUUGAACUCUAAAAAAUUGUGGUCUUUAUUUGCAGAUACUGAUUUAUACUUUCCUUAUAAUUAUGCGGUAUAUACCUAUUUUCGAGCAAAGAAUUGGGUAGUGAAACCAGGAAUUAAAUUUGGAGGUGAUUUUGUGUUAUAUAAACAAGGACCUAUGUUCUACCAUGCUUCUUAUGUGGUGGUAGUUGAUGUUUUGAACAACAAACUACAAAGAAUUCAAGAAUUGUGCAGACAUUCUUUGGAAAACACUUCAUUAUUAUGCUUAAAUAGAUUAUGCCAAACUGCUGGUAAACAGCUCAUGGUUUGCCAUCUAAUACUAGAUGAAAAUAACUGUAUAUCCUACGACAAUUUACAAAAUGUAACAAUAAGAGAAAUUUUGUUUAAACGUAAGACAAAUCAUGAUUAAUA